AUUUUACCGUGUCGUGCCGAUUCGGACGUCCUCAUCCAUCUCCUGGACGGACGGAGGACACAGUAGAGGAGAGAGGCAGGCAGAUCCUCAUCCUCAGGGUCCGUCGGAGCUAGGGUUUCGCGGGGGGAUGGAGACGCCGGAGGAGUUGGGGCUCGACUUCCUCGACUGCCUAGGCCCGGACACCUCCAUCACCAUCUUCGCCUUGCUCGACGACCCCGCCGACCUCGCCCGCGCCUCCGCCGUCUCCCGCUCCUGGCGCCGAUUCGUAAUCGCGAAUCAGUUCAGCAAGAUCCAGUGCCUGCGGGCCUGCCCAGAGGUCUCCAACCUGUCGCACAUCGAGGUAAGCAGUUCCGGCGGUACCAGCGCGAUUGCACGCCCGGCCCCGGAUGUCAGGGAUCACAGGGUGUACAUGCACCUUGGCCAUGGCCUCCUCUCGCCCUACAAGCCCAGGGACUGCAUCAUCCACUGCAUCGGCGCCUCCAGCACCGACAACUUCCCCGAAGAGACCAUCGAGAACACCCUCGAGCCGGUCGAUCGUGUCGAGACCAGGCCGUCUUAUUGGUCCAGCGGCGGCCAGAGGGAUCCCGCCGUGCCUGAAUGCCUCAUAUACAAGCUUCAGUCCGAUCUCUGCCUCGUCGAGGAAAUCAGGAUGCAGCCCUUCAAAGCAUUUUUCCAGUAUGGUGAUCCAAUAUAUUCAGCAAAGUACAUCCGGUUCCAUAUGGGCUAUCCAAAGUCACCUCUGCGACCUGAAACACUUGUAUGUGAUGAUAAUGAAGGGCAGCUGAUUGCUGAUUGCAACUAUACGUGGACGUACACAUCUCCAGGAUUUACAAUGUUGCAGGAAAAUGUUUUGCAAUCCUUUAAGCUACCACGCCCUGUUCUAUGUAUUGGUGGGGUGGUGAAGAUUGAACUUAUGGGGAGGAUCCAGAAGCAGGCAAUAGAUGGCCUGUACUAUAUAUGCGUAUCUCAUGUCCAAAUAGUGGGGAAGCCAUUGUCGCGAGAACUUGGGGUCGUUCCUCGUGGGAACGGCGUGGUCCUCAAGUACUAUCCGGACACUCGCGGAUGUGUCGUUCCUUGCAUGAGUGAGUCGUCUCGAGGUGAUGGCGGUCGCAGCAAGUGGCAUGGCCUCGCGUCGAGGAUUUGGCACUCUGGUCCGUCUCGAGGAUCGAACGUGUCGCUGUUCACCAGGCUGUUUGGUGGUCAGUUGCAUUUGGUGGACGAAGACGAUGAAUCGGAGGAUGAUGAGGAGGAGCUUCCUUAGAAGAUAAUGUCAAGCCUCUUUUUCUGUUUUGUGUUUUCAACAAGAGACAUACUUGUACUACAUAAGAGUAUGAGUGUCCUUUGUGUGAUGCUGUGAGACAGACAGCAGCAGCAGUAUUUGUUUUGUGUAAACCUGGCUGCAGUGCAGACAGCACAAAGAGAUGCAUCCAUCGUCAUCGCCUCAAUUGUAAUCAAAUGGACCAAUUUACUAGUAUUAGCUACAAGGAUGAACAAUAAUAAUACAUCCACGAAUGAAUGAUUCUCAA